AUGGACAUGUACGCGAGCGGCGCGAUGCUGCAGUACGCGAUGGCGACGAUCGCCGACGAGGCCGCGGACGCGGGGGACGCGGCAGCCGCACUCGCCGCGCUCUGCGAAGUGCUCGCCGUGUCUGGUUCGGCCUCCAUCCUGGCCACCCCGCACGCGGGCCUCGCCACGCGACUGCCGGCCCUCCUCGCCGGCGGCUCCGGCUCCCAGGGCGAUGACGUGCCGCUGCUCGCCGCGCGCGCCAUCGCCGAGGCCUGCGACACCGCGGCCCAGUGGGCUUCGCACUUCGCGCGCCACGGCGCCGUCGAGGCGCUCUGCGACAGGCUCCUCGCCGACGACUGCGUCGAACUCGCCGAGGAGUGUUUGCGGGCUCUGAACGCCAUAUCUUUGGAAUGCCCUCACGAGUGCCUCAGCCGGGGAGUGGCAGCUGCUGUGCUGCAGUUCUUCGACUUCUUUUCGACGAGCAAGAAGAUAGUGGCGUUAGAGAUCCUCCUGAACAUCUUCAGUGAUUAUGAUGAAGUGAAUGCGCCUAAGGCCAUGGAGGCUGUGCCUGCACUGUGCAACCUCCUGCAGAAUUCUGAUACAAUGAUUCUUGAAUCUGUUGUUUCGUGCUUGGUAUCGGUUGCUGAUGGUGCUUGUGAAAAUGAUAAAUACAUGAGUAAGCUCAUCUGUGAAACGAAUGUGGUCAAGGCAACAUUGACCUUGAUGUAUAAUGAGGGGUGGAAGAGCCUCAGUGAUGCCACCUUAAAGGGCAUUCUGAGGCUGUUUAGAGGUCUUGCUUCUUUCUCCGCAAAGGCUGUGAAGUCUCUCUUUGAAUUAAAUUUUUGUGUAUUGCUCGAGCAGAUGAUAAGUUAUUACAGCUACGUGCACCACGAUAGUGAUAAGGUCCAGAUGCUCCUGGAGCUCAUUUACCAGCUUAUGCCACCUCUUGAAACUUCUGGUCAACAUCUCAAAUUAGUCACUGCAAAGAAAAAAAUCAUCAUGCGACAACGUAGAUACAUGACCCAGCUUGCUAGCAUCUUUGCCCUUUUAGUACAGGUUGCAAAAUCUGCUGCACUAUCAUCAAUUUGCUACAGCUGUGUUGUUGUCAUUGGCAGCUUUGUUAAAUUAUGCACACCUAAUUUGCUAGUGGAGUUACAGAAGACUGUAAAUCUCUCUAGCUUAUUUAAUUGUUUGUUGGCCCAGAAAAACCAACACGUCUUAUUUGAAACACUCAAAAUUUCAAGGAUCCUUGCAAAAAAAGAUCAGCACUUUUUCUUGGAGAGCUUUACCAAGGAGGGUGUAAAGCAUGCAAUUGAGUAUAUCGUAUCACAAUCAAAAAAUAACAGUCACCAGAACAUGAAAGAAUAUUGCCUUUGCUUUUACAUGGAAACUUCCUCGACUGUUGAGGCAUGCAGCAUUGCGAAUAAUUCUGUUACGGAACUAGCAAAAGAGAUAAAGAAAAACUUCUUAUCGGUAAAAGGGAGUAACAAAUCUCCAAAUAGGUUUGGAUUUACUCUCAAAAGUGUCAGGGACUUUUUUGCUAGGUUGAAUUUAUAUUCCUCGACACACCUUGCUGAAAAUCCUGAUAGCUGCAAGCAGUUGUCUGAUCUUUCAAGGAGAUUAUUGUCAGAUGAACUGCCAGUUACUUCUAAUUUUGAGUUUGUGCAGAGUGGGUCUAUCAAAUGUUUGUCAGUUUAUCUCUCAAACGGGGCAUACUGCAAUGCAGACCUUAAUGAUGGACCUGUACUUGAGCAGCUUAGUGUGGUGCAUAGUCGGUUGCAUAAAUUUGCUAAUUUGGCUCUCACCCCCUUCAAUGAAAGUUCAGCAAAUCCACUUGGGAUUUUGGUGGAGAAGCUGCUAGACACUUUGCACAUGUGCUAUGGCAGUUUUCCGGUACUGCUAUCUUAUGAACAGAUGUCACGUGAGGACAUGACGAUGAUUCCGCUGAGAUAUCCUGAGGCCAAGAAACCAACAUCAUUGCUAUUAAAAUUCCAUAGGUCGCAGAAGGAGAGAGAAUUGUACAACUACAAUGGUGUUCUUAUUGUCGACCUUUUCUCAACACCAGAUAGCACCGAACCAAUUCUAUUUCCUGAGGUCUUUAGAAGAACUGAUCAGGAACCUGCAUCCGAGAAUUCCAAUCAAGAUAAAAAUGACGAUGAUGGGAACAAAUCCUCAAGACUGGAAUUCUUCUACAAUGGCGUGACACUCCAACCAUCUGUUACAUUUUUUGAAUCGAUUCUCCAUCUGAUGUACAAGGGACAAUCUGAUUUAUGGAUCGACCCAUCUUUCUGGGUUCAAGAACACAGCAUAACCUAUAGGAAAAGAAUCAAAAGCAAUAAGGAGAUCUCGUCUCAGAGUUCCUACUAUACUCGGUUAUCCUACGUGCAUGAAAUCCUUCAACGUGCAUGGUUAAAGGACCCUUUUUUCACUGCCAUACUUAAUGGCAAACUUCCUGGCAAUCUGGAUGUGUCUGACCUGUCAUACAAUCUCUUAUUCAUGCUUAAAGUUCUUGAAGGGGUGAACCGUUUUUCAUAUCAACUCUUGAUGGAUGAACAGAUAAACAAAUUUGCUGAAGGUAUUCAAGAAGAUAUCAAUGAUAUUGAAGUGGCAAUAUGUCCAGUACCACGACAUCAGUUCCUCAGUAGUCUUCUCAUAAAUAAGCUAGAGGUGCAAAUGCAAGAUGUCUUGUUCGAUGAUGGCCUCAUACCCUCGUGGUGUGUCUAUCUGGUCGAGAACUGCCCAUUCCUGUUGUCCUUGGACACACGGUGGAAGUACUUCUGCCUGACUGUACAUCGCUCAUUCUUUCCAGACCAGAUUAACCGUUAUUAUCCACAAACUAAAAAGUACAGGGUAGCCCGAAGUGCUAUCAUUGAAGGUGCUGUAUCAGUGAUGACCAAUCAUGGUCCAAGCAAUAGAAUCAUUGAGGUGGAGUUCGAAGGAGAGAUUGGGACUGGGCGAGGUCCAACAUUUGAAUUCUACUCUACAGUUAGUCAUGAACUUCAAAGAGCUGGGCUCGGAAUGUGGAGAGGAGACAGCGGUGAACAUGGAUUCGUUCAUGCUCCUUUUGGACUAUUUCCAAAGCCGUGGCCACCAUCAUCACAAGGAAUUGAUUUUACUAAUAUGCUACAAAAAUUCAAACUUCUAGGGAAUCUUGUAGUGAGAGCGGUUCUGGAUGGAAGGAUUCUGGAUAUUCCACUUUCUAAAGCAUUUUACAAAAUCAUGCUUGAGCAGGAACUCGAUAUGUAUGACAUCCUAUCAUUUGAUCCUGAGCUGGGCCGGACAGUAAUUGAGUUUCAAGCACUUGUUAGCAGGAAGAAUUUUUUGGAAACCUCUUCAGAGGAAUCUAACCCUACGGCUGACUUGUCCUAUAAAAACGUGAAAUUGGAGGAUUUGUGCCUUGACUUCACUCUUCCUGGAAAUCCUGAAUAUGAACUUGUUCCUGGAGGCUCAGAGAAGAUGGUAACACUUGACAGUUUAGAUCAAUAUGUAUCUUUGGUCGUUUAUGCCACACUGAAGAGUGGGAUUGCCAAGCAGAUCGAAGCUUUCAAGUCUGGAAUUAAUGAGGUUUUUGAUCUCAAGGCCCUCAAAAUGUUUACAGAAGAGGAAAUGGAACGCAUACUAUGUGGUGAACAGGGUGCUUGGGAUUUAAAGAACCUUGAGGAUCACAUUGUGUUUGAGCAUGGCUACGAUAUGAGCAGUCAACCGGUUAUUAUUUUUCUGGAGAUAUUGCGAGAGUUUGGAAGAGAGGAGCAGCGGGCUUUCACACAAUUCAGCACUGGAGCCCCUCAUCUCCCACUUGGCGGCCUAGCUUCGCUUGAUCCCAAGCUCACUGUCGUACGCAAGGUUUGUUAG